CAGCUAAUAGCCUUCUAAGGUGGCAGGAGCGCUCACUCUGCACCAGGGCCAUCAGAGACCAGUCCGGAGCCUUGCUUGCCUGUGCCUGGGAAGGUGGAGUGUGGUGAGCUGCUUGCUGAGGACGCCCUGGCACAGCCAAGUCUGUAGAGAUGCGCUCCACCUCUCUCUCCUCUGGGCAUGCCAGCUCCUCCUGCUGAAAACAACUGAGCCUGCCGUUUGGAGUUCUUAGAAUCCCAGUCUCAGAGGGACCUCCCUAGGGACAAGCUGACUUCACCCUGGGAACUUUGUUUCCCAGUCCCUGGCAGGCUUUGUAGUCUCCGGACUACCUGUUGCAACCAUUCUGAGGAAGCACAAGUCUCUCCGGCAUCAGUAUCCGUCUAUGCUUCUAUCCAUGCUGAGGAAGCCCCAGUGAAGACCCAGCCCUGGGGCUCCUGAACAGCCUGAACCCUGAGGGUGCUCUUCCAGUUUCCAGAACGCAUUGAAUAGAUCUCCAGGAGCACAGAAACAGCGGAAGCAGCCAGGAGGAGAAUCAAGAGAAAACCUAAAUUUUUCCAAUAUUCAAAAACGCCUGUGGUGCUGGUUGAUGCAGAUAACACUGAGCUCACCGAACAGCUUUGUAUUUGUUGCACUGAUUUGUUUUGUCUUCUAGUCCAGCCAAGGAGGGAUCAGUACGUGUUUAGGUCAUGGAGGGGAUGUACAGGAAAGCCUCAGAGGCCAUUUUGCUUGGCACUGACUCACCCUGACUCUCCAGUGAAGCAGAAAGGAGGAAACAUCACACCACCCAGGUGUGGCCAGCCUUUGACUAUUAUAGCAAAUCCCCAAGAGUCACCACAGUCGCUUCCCAAGUACGCUUUUAGCCUUAGAGACUUUUGGCUCAAGGAAAGCUGUAAAGAAGAGACAGGAUGAGGCGGGAAGAGGAGGAAGAGGAGGGAACCGGGAUGCAGGCAAAAGGGCACUUAGAUGUGAAGGAGGAGGAGAUCGGUGAGACGGGAGAACCGGUUGGCCCUUUUGCCGGUGCCAUGCCCCCCCCGAUGCCCCACAACAAGGGGACCCGGUUCUCCGAGGCCUGGGAGUAUUUCCACCUGGCCCCUGCCCGUGCUGGGCACCACCCCAACCAGUACGCCACCUGCCGCCUGUGUGGCAGGCAGGUGAGCCGGGGCCCUGGGGUUAACGUGGGCACCACGGCCCUGUGGAAGCAUCUGAAAAGCAUGCACAAGGAGGAGCUGGAGAAGAGCGGCCACGGUCAGGCCGGGCAGCGCCAGGACCCCAGGCUCCAAGGGCCGCAGCUCCCGAUGGGCAUUGAGGGCGACUGGGCCAGGCUCCUGGAGCAGGUAGGGGCCCUGGCUUUAUGGGCCAGCCAAAGAGAAAAGGAGGUCCUCAGGAGGGAGAGGGCAGUGGAAUGGCGGGAGAGGGCUGUGGAAAGGAGAGAGCGAGCCCUGGAGGAGGUGGAAAGGGCCAUCCUGGAGAUGAGGCGGAAGGUGAGGGCUGAGAAGGAGGCCUGCCAGAGGGAGAAAGAGCAGCCGGCAGCAGCUCAUCCCUUCCAUUUUGUUUAAACAGGGCUUGGGGGAGUCUAUUCUGAAAACACUGACUUUACACCCAUAGCAAGAAGCCACUUUAGUUCCAGCUUAAAUAUAUAGCAAAGUGGCUUAAUGGGAUGUUGUUUUUAAGAGAAAGAGAGCACAGAGCGGGUUAAUCUCAGCAGGUCUGAACUGGUCAAAUGCUUAUCUAUAAAAUUCCUCAGGACUGUAUUCACCAAAACUUUAAAAUAUACUAACUAAAGAGAUAUGUCGGUUUGCCACCGUGGGUCUGUGGGUUUCUUGGGGGCAAAAUGUACCAGCCUGUCAACACUGAUGAGUGAAAAUAAUGGGAUUUACGCCUAGCACUUGGUUUUGGUGGAGCUGAUGGUUGCCGCUGGUGGGAUGGCUGGAAUAUGCCUACAUGACCAGCUCACUCUUGAGACCCCAUCAAUUGCACAGCUUAGGCUUCCUGGGAGAGAGGUGUUUGCACGCAUGCUGGCAUUAAUUUGAGACCUAGGUACAAAGUGGGACCCAGCAGUGAAAGGACAAGGAAACCUGAGCCUAAGAUCUCCAGACCCUUCUGAUGCAUAUCUUUCUCCCAUUA